AUGGAUACGUACUUACAAGGAAAUGUUAUGAAAAAAUUGUACUUUGAGAAGAGUUUUGAUAAAAAAAAACACUUAAGGAUUGACAAAGUCCCUGAAAUUUUAAGAUUAUGGUUCCAAGGAUUUUCAACUUCAUACGAGAACCGAAGGCUUUCAACAGGAUUUAAGGAUUUCGUCACAUAA